GAUCGGGCUUUUUAUUCUCCCGCGGUUGACAGCUGGGUCUACAAAAAUGGGAAACUCGUCGACGGAUGACUACGCCACAACUGGCGACGGCUCUUGCGGCGACACUCCGCCACUAAAUUCCAGCAUCUAUUCCGAGGGCGAGAAGGUCCUUGCCUACCACGGCAAGCGCAUCUACGACGCCAAGGUUCAAAAGCUUGAGCUCAGAAAUAACAAAUGGACUUACUUCGUUCACUACCUUGGUUGGAAUAAAGUCAGUUGGGACGAAUGGGUAGGUGUGGAUCGCCUUUUGAAACAAAAUGAAGAGAAUAUAAUAAGGCAGCAAACUCUUGCCAAGCAACCAUGCGUGGAUGAUAAUACAAAGUCAGGGCAAUUGACACAAAUGAAUCCAAAAAGUUCAGCUGUGGGAAAAGAGAGGAAGCGAAAGAAUAACUCAGGCACUGAGGACACUGUCUCCUUGGAAAGGAUUGUCAAGAAUAAGGUUCCCUCAAUUGUUAGGAGGCAAGUUAUUGAUAAUCCGGAUUUUGUUUCUCAGCAGGAUAAGGGACUUUUAGGAAUGGAUGCCGGAAGUAGCAGUCAAAUCAAUGAGAAAAAUAAAAGAGCGAGUAGACGUGUAUGGACCAAUGAAGAGGAGGAUGCACUUUUAGGCAUCCUAGAGGAUCUGGUUGCAAACGGUCAUCGUGUUAACCGUGCUUUCAUACCUGGUACAAUGACUAUAAUAGAAAAUGCAUUGCGCAAUUUGUGUCCAAGAUCGGCAUUGAAAGCUAACCCACACAUUGAGUCAAAAAUUAGAAAGUUGAAAAAGCAAUUCCGUUUAGUAUAUGACAUGGUCAACAACACCGGGUUUGGCUGGAAUAAGGUGAAGAAAUGUGUGAGGGUAGACAGUGAAGAGACAUGGAAAGCAUAUCUUCAGCAUCACAAGGAGGCAUAUGGGUGGAAGGGCAAACAUUUUCCUAUUUAUGAUAGGCUUGUUAAAAUAUUUAUAGUGGACUACGUAAAUGAGAAAACAUCCCAAACUCCUGCUGAAAUAAUUGAAGAGGUGAACUGUGGUGAGGACAAUUCCCUUGGGAUGGAAGAAGACACUCGUCCAAGGUCACCUGACCAAAUCUCAACUACAAAGCAAACGGAUCAAUCUCAUUCGUCCAAAGGAAAGAGGAGAAGGCAAGAUGAUACUGCAGAUAGUAGUCAAAUAGUUGAAAAAAAGAAAAAAGGCAGCCGACGUGUAUGGACCAAAGAGGAGGAGGAGGCACUUUUAAGCAUUCUAGAGGAUCUAGUUGCAAAAGGUCAUCGAGAAAAUCGUACUUUCAAAGCUGGUACAUUGACUCUGAUAGAAAAGGGUUUGUGCAGUUUAUUUCCAGCAUCGGGACUUAAAGCUAGCCCACACGUUGAGUCAAAAAUGAAAAUAUUGAAGAAGCAACACUGUAUAAUAGAUGACAUGCUCAACCAAAAUGGGUUUGGGUGGAAUGAUUUGAAGAAAUGUGUGGAGGUUGACAGUGAAGAAACAUGGAAGGCCUAUGUUCAGCAUCACAGGGAGGCUGAUGGGUGGAGGGGCAAAUAUUUUCCACUUUAUGAUAGACUUGUUAAUAUAUUUGGAGAAGGCCGUGCAACUGUAAAACCAUCCCAAGCCUUAGUUGAAAGAGUCGAGGAGAUUAACUGUUUUGGACGUAUGAAUCGCAAUGAGGAGAUGAACUGUGAAGAGGAAUCAACCGACUCUGGAAGUGAGGAAGACACUUUUUCAAGGUCGGUUGACCAAAUCUCAACAAACAGACAGACAGAUCAAUCUGAUUCCUUGCUGCAAAGAAAUAGAUGCGAACACAAUGGUGUAGCUGUUGCAUUGGAAAAAGUUCCAGCAUCAGUCGUGGAAACAAUAAAAACUUCAAAUGAGCCGAUGCGAGUCUCAGUUGAAUCCAAAGGUAACAAAAUAGAUGAGCUACAUUGUGAGAUUAAAAGACUAGGGCUUUCUGUUCCCGGUCGAGUUAAAGCAUUAAGACUACUUGUGGCUAAUUCAUCCAAUGCUGAUAUAUUCCUUACCUUAGAUGAUGAAGAGAAAGCGGAAUUUGUUAAGCAACUCCUUGAUGAAUCGUCAAAUAAGAAAUGAAUUGUAUAUUAUUGACAUACUGUAGAUUGUAUUUGAACUAGUAAUUUUGCUGAAUGAUUUUAUUAACUCA